UUUUUUUUGGGGGGGGGUUGAGAGGGAGGGGAGAGGAGAAUAAUUAUUCUCUACGUCCUGAGCCGGGCAGCCCCGCCCCACGACUCCCGAGGCUAGAAAUGUUAUGCCCCCCCCCCUUCUCCCCCAACUCUGUUGCCUUUUGCAAAAGCUCCUGCUUGGGGACCAGAGAAGAGGCUAAUCGAAAGGAUGUUGAAGACUAUAAAACAAGCCCUUUUUUCUUCUGGCUUGGAGAUGCCUAAAUGGACAGCAUUACCAAAUCAGGCAUCUGAUUAUGAAAUUCGACAGUAUGAACCUGCCAAAUGGGUGUGUACAUCUCUUAAAACCAUAGACUGGGAUGCAGCCAUCAAUGCUGGCUUCAUGAAGCUCUUUAACUACAUUAAAGGCAAGAAUGAAAAAGGAACAAAGAUAGCUAUGACAGCCCCAGUGACAUGCUAUGUCCAGCCAGGAGCUGGCCCAUUCUCCGAGUCCAUUACAACAGUUGCCUUUUAUUUGCCAUCUCAGUACCAGGCAAACCCACCCAAGCCUUCAGACGCAGAUGUCUUCAUCGAAACUAAGCCAGCAAUUACAGUCUUUGUCAGAUCAUUUGGAGGAUUUGCUAAAGCUAAAAGAAAUCAAGACGAAAUACAGGCACUUGCUGAAACUUUAAGGCGGGAUGGAAGAACAUUUCAAGAAAGGAUCUAUUAUACUGCUGGUUAUGACAGUCCAUUUAAGUUGCUAAACAGGCAUAAUGAAGUUUGGCUUAUCAAAAGAAGCUAAAAUCUUUCUACAUCAACACAGAUUAUAAGUGUUAACUUUAAAUGGGAGUAAUUUUCCUUAUAUAUGAAAGCUGGGUUUUUGUAUAUUUUUCUAACACAUUUCUUCGCUUUUACCAUUGCCUAAUUUUUUCUGCUGAUAUAAAAUUGAUAUUUUUUUGCUAAAAUAUGACUAAUAGAGUAAUGCUAAUAAUUAUUUAUAAUAUUUAUAAUCCUUGAAAGUGUGAUGAUUUCUGUUUGAUAGGAAAUUAACUGAACUUCCUACAAAAACAGUAAUGCUUAACACCUUUUUCACUAAAUUGGAGGCUUAAUCUGGGGAGAUAGGAUAUUUGAAAGGCAGGUAAAGCAACCUAGAAUCCCCAUGAAUCUCAUAGUGGUUUUUAGUUUUGCUUGUCUUCAUUAGAAGACAAACUACUAAAUUACAUUAUUUUGCUGCUGAUCGUGGCUGCAAAGCAUAAUGACCUUUGAUAGUCUUGAGGCACUAAUUAAAUCAAAAGCCAGCUCAAAUUCCCCGCUUCCAUAGUGAAAGGAAAAGGGGCAGAAAGUUACACCCCUCUUCUAUUACCAUAUCCCUUGUGUGUGCGGGGGGGGGGGAGGGAUUAAAAGACAGAACUCUUGAACGGGCCAAGAAAGAAAUUAUUUAGGUAAGCUGGUAGCUCCUAUCUGCUUCCCACUUUAGCUCUUUUGGAAAUGUUACCUAAAAG